UAUCUGUGUCUUCCAAGCCUUGCGCAGCGGACUCUUUCCCACUGAUGUUUACGAUUUUAGCUAAACUACUAGCCGCUAAUAGCCGACUAUAGGCGCUUCGUAGAACAUCGAUAUGCGUACUGCUGGUAAUGCCUGCUGCCUGGAGAGCACUGUUGUUUUAUACGUCCAUUUUUCACUGCUUCGUCUACUGCUAUGAGGCUGUUGUCUAAUCGUACGAGUGCUGGUGACGGCGGAGCAUCAAUUGUCUGUUCACUGUGUUGCUGUGUGUAUAGAUUAGGAUUUUGUAUAGUAUACCCAGGUGACGAAGUCCGAUAAAAAAUCGAAACGAAGAGCACCUACAGUGACCACUGAAAGAUGGAACGGGAGUGCUCACCGUUGACGCCGCACUGUGCGCGUGCACUUUCAGACAAGCUCUACGAGAAACGCAAAGCCGCUUCGAUGGAAAUUGAAAAAUCAACCCGAGAAUUUAUUUCACGAGGCAAUGUGGGAGCCAUUCGAAAAAUGCUUAAAGUUCUCGCCAUCGACUUUGCUUUAACUCCUAAUCCAAACUCCAGGAAGGGUGGGUUAUUAGGAAUAUCUGCGGUGGCAAUACAGCUGAAGACGCGGUGUCCUGAAUUUCUCGAAGAUAUGAUUACUCCGGUGCUUGCAUGCCUCUCAGAUCCGGACCAUCGUGUCAAGUACCAUGCAUGUGAGUCUUUGUAUAACAUCGUGAAAGUGGCCCGUGGGGGAUGUUUACCACACUUUGAGCAGAUCUUCGACGCGCUAGCCCGACUAGCGACCGAUCCUGAGGCCUCCGUUCGUUCUGGGGCCGAGGCUCUAGACCGUUUGAUGAAAGAUAUUGUUUCAGAGAGUCCUGCCUUCGACCUAGUAGCGUUCAUGAAUAUGCUUCGCGAACGUAUUAUGGUGCAGAAUACUGCAGCUCGACAAUUUCUCGUUGGAUGGAUUUCAGCCAUGAAUUCAAUGCCUGAUAUUAACAUGAUGGUGUUCCUGCCAGAUAUUCUUCAUGGUGUUUUCGAAAUAUUGGCUGACCCUGCGUUACAACGAAACUGUCAAAGUACACUUGACAGUUUCCUUGAAACCAUAAAGAAAAAUCCACAAGAAACCAGGUUCACAGACAUGACAGCUAUAUUGAUUGAUCAUUCUCAAUCGAAUGUUGAAGUUGUCCAACUAACAGCGCUUGUAUGGAUUGAACAAUUCGUUAUACUCAGCGGUAGAACGAUACUGCCCCAUACCUCCGGUAUUCUUAUGGCUGUUCUGCCGACUCUUGAUAACCGAUACGCCUUACACAACGAGACAUUUAAGGAGAUUUCACGGUGCGCGAUGAAUAUUAACGAAAAGGUGCUCGAGCUUGUCGCAACAGAAGCCGAAGUGAAGGAUGGUGGACUGCUGCCAGACCUCCGGUCGGUUAUCGCUGCCCUUAGCAAUUUCCUUGAUCACCCCUCUACACGCACCCGUAUGGCUGUACUUCGCUGGAUUCUCCACCUAUAUCGGAAAUUGCCGGCUGGUGUACAGGAACACAUGGAUACGGUAUUCCCCAUGUUACUCAAUGUUUUAUCAGACGAAGCCGACCAAGUUGUUCUAUUAAAUUUGGAAGUCUUGUCUGAAAUUUCAAAGAAAGAAUCUGGGAGCCAAACUAAUAAGGACUACUUCCAACAGUUCGUUAAUUCAUUACUCGAGCUUUUCCGGAACGAUCAAAAAUUGUUGGAGAGAAGGGGCUCGUUUAUCAUCCGACAGCUCUGCGUACUGCUGCCUGCCGAGGAUAUUUACCGCUCAAUGGGAACGCUGCUAGAACAGGAGGACGACCUUCGCUUUAGCGAGCACAUGGUUAAAACUCUCAACACCAUUUUGCUGACAACAUCCGAGCUGUUCCCGCUGAGAAAUUCAUUGAAGGAUCUCAAUACAGAUGAGCGGCGAAAACUCUUCGUCUGCCUGUAUAGGGUGUGGUGCCAUCACCCUUUGGCUGCAGUGUCAUUAUGCUUACUAUCACAACAUUAUGCUCACGCUUGUGAACUACUACAACGGUUUGCUGACGUCGAGGUGACAGCUGAUUUCCUUGUUGAAGUCGACAAGCUUAUCCAACUUAUUGAGUCACCGAUUUUCACAUUCCUUCGGCUACAGCUGUUAGAACCAGAGAAGAAUCGGGAGCUGGUAAAGGCCCUUUAUGGGCUUUUAAUGCUGCUGCCUCAAAGCGAAGCGUUUCUAUUGUUGCGAACUCGCCUUAUGUGUAUUCCAACCCAUCACCUGCCCCCUUUAAAUGAACAAAGGGAGCGAGAAUCUACCGAUAGGACUAUCGCCAAUGGGCCAAAAAGCGAAACUAGAGCCUCUUCACAAGUAGACUUCGGCGAACUUCUUGGAAUUUUCGAAGAGAUUCAGCGGCGAAAACGCGAAAGGGAGGCCAGGCGACAAAAGCACAAGCUCAGUCACAAAAAUUUAAUCCUGCAACAGCAGCAGGGUGACGAGUAAUAUGCCCACGCGGAAUGGCUAACUAAGUUAUCAAGCUGCUGUAAAUAUCUGUAACGCGACGCGGAAAGUUAAUUCAGCUGCUGCCCGCUAUUGCGUAAAACUUACGUAGUUGCGUCGAGUGGAGUCGGCCAGUUCUGUGCUUUACAGUUUUUCAUAGCCUCUGCAAGAAAUAUAUUGGUGAGCCUCGCUCACAGGAUAGGACGAGACUUAUCUUUUGGCUGGACCGAAAUGAACUAUGGCAGGGCCAAAAAUGGCACCAAAGGAACGCACUUGGACAUAUGUGAACAUAACAGUAAAUUAGUAUGCUCAAUACAAUACUCAUAAAUGGCAACACUACUAAAGAUACAAGUUGUUAUAGCAAAGUAAAUUAUUUUAUUAUGUCUACG